AUGGGGUCUUCCUUGGCUUCUCAUGAUUUAUCAGAUCCACAGCUACAGCGUCUGCUAAGCGAAUACGUUCAUCACAUUACUCCUCAAAAACCACGGUAUAUCGACUUGGAGGGAUUCGAAGAGAUAUUUGGGAUGCUGGUAGCGGAUCCAGAACCCCAUUUCCAAUUCUUUUAUCACGGCAAAAUUGUAUCUGCAGACAUGAAGCCGAAAGAUGAUGCAACUGAUGCACAAAUUUUUACGUGUGAGGCAAGGAGCGUGUUAAUUCAAGAUUUUGCUGCAAGUGUUUCGGAGGUUUUACAACUUGCCGAUCCUAUUUCAAACAGUGUGUUGCAGAGUAUUCAGAAAGCACUAUAUAUUGACGUACCAGAGAAGCUGAUGACAAUGCAGGAAAUAUACAACGUUUGCCUGACGAAUCCUCAAAUUAGUAGAAGUCUGCUUAGUGUUCAUAUGGUGUUUGAAGACUUUUCUUCUACUAUACUCCAUGAGAAGAUGCGUCAACGUGAACAUAAAGGUCACGAUCAGCAAAUGUUUAUGCUUCGUGAAAGGGACAUGACUCGCUUUCAAUUGACCACCCAACAGAUGUUUUUUGAUACACCUCCUCCUGCCUCGUUGUUAUGGGACUUAAAGGUUGGAGAUUAUGGUAACAUUUGUCAUAAUUCCGAGCUUUUGCGAUUGCAAUCAAGUGAAGGUUGUGCUCAAGCACUGUCAAAGAUGGCUCAAUACAAUGCUCAAGGUGUAUUGGUCGUCGAAGUUCCAGAUAAUGUGAGAUCAGAGAAAUGCCAAAUACUUGGGUUUCUGUCUGCUGAAAAAUUUCUUCAUUGUCUUGUUCCUGAUUUACACAUGCCAGCAACUAAAUUGUACGAACAUACUCAAGCACGCGCAGAAAAGACUAUCAUGGAGUUUGGCACAACGCCACUUCGUAACAUUGUAGACUAUUUCAUUUCAGGUCAAUCCUCUUUGCUGGGUAUCGUUCGGGAAGACGAAACAUUUUACAACGUUUUGCUGCGUUUUGCUUGCGGUGAAAGUGUUGUAGCAGUAGCUCAGGAUCGCAAUCCGUUGUCUGAAACUGUACUUGGGUAUCUGACUAUUCAUGACAUGCUUUCAUGGCUUGACGAGGAUUUAGCCCUUUUGAAGGGCAAGGAAUAUUGCGCUGUCGCUAUGUUUCCUCAGGUUUUUCACAAUCCGGCAACGAUUGAUUGUGCGUCCGAUCUCUCAGUAUGUGAGGGGCUUGUCAAAAUGGAAUUGCAAAAGCUUUCAGCUAUAUUAGUGAAGACAAAUGCGACAACGAGUAUACUAAGCGCCGACACAUUUCGCGAUUUGUAUUUUGCAUCUUUUUCUGCAUCAGGCAACGACAGCAAGUCAGGUCCUUUACUUCAAACAGUGGCUAAACAAGCAGCAGCCUUGGUCCCUGCUACUUUUAUUUCUCUUGAUACCUCCAUCGCCGUAGUCAUCCGGGAAAUGAUCGACAAGCGAGCGAGACGCGUGAUUAUUCGGCGCCACGACAAUAUUCUGGUGGGAUCUGUGCGGGCUUCUGAUAUUGUGCUAAUGCUUCUUCAGGAACAACACACGUCACUGUAUUAA